CCAGCGACAGUGUCGGCAACUGCGACUGCGACGCCGACAUCGUUUUCGCAAUAGCAGCUCCAACAACAUUUUGUGGCUCGCGCUCUUCCAGUUGGCGCGAGCCGAGCAAGCGAGCCCCAUUCAGUCGCGUCGCUGUCGCUUGCUCAUUUUUUUAACUCGCCUUUGCCUUCCCACCUGUCUCUCUCUCUCUCUCUUUCUCUGCUGUGUGUGUGUGUGAGUGUGCCAGUGUGUCUGUGAGUGGGGCGCGCGCGCGCUUUGCCAGAAACAUCGACGUCGACGUCGACAUCGACUGCGGCAUCGACAUCGACAGCGGCAUCCACAUUGAGCACGACAACGACAGCGCACGCUGCAGUCGCGUCGCAGUCGCCGCCUGCAACGUUUGUUUGCGCCUAAUAAACACUCGGCAGUGCUUUUAGUGCUGACUUUAGAUUUUAGUUUUGCUGAUACCGUAAGAGAUAAAUGACGUGCCGCGGCUGACAGCAAAAGCAAAAGCAAACGUAAAAGCAAAAGCAAAACAUACGUACUAGAAGCUAAUCUAAAUAAUUUGUUGCCUUUACGUUAAACGUCAAACGUUAAACGGUAACGUUUCCGCGUUGUGCGCUGUGCGUUAUGCGUUGCAUGUUGCACGUUAAUGGCCUACCACAAAAAUGUGUUUAAGUGCAGGCAACGCCGGCAAACAAAUCUGCAAAAUUGGUGAAUUGAAAUUACCUCAAAGUUGUAACGUAACGUAACAUGUGCAGCGUGUAAACAUCGUGUAAUCUAUAAAAAAAAAGAAAACAAAAACAAAAAACUGCUAAAAUGAUAAUGGUGCAACAUUUGGUGGCUGCCACAGCUCACAAUUUUGCGACGGCGGCACUCUCAAGCGUUUCCUCAUCGUCCAGCUCCAUUUCCAUCUCGAGUUCCAGUUCAAGUUCAAGUUCGAGUUCGUCAUUAUUAUCGCUAUCAUCUGCCUGCUCCACAUCCUCAGUCUCUGCAUCUGCCUCGCCAGCGGCCUCGCCCACAGCUGCCGCCUGUGGCACGCCCACGCCCACACCAGUCGCCUCGCCGCUGGCGCCCACAACGCCCACAUCGCCAGCACCAGCGCCAGCGACAGCGACAGUGAAGGAAACGCAGCUGGAGAUUGAGUCGGAGAAUGUUGAGUCGAAAGAAACCACAACAAAAACAACAGGAGAAGAGGGAGCAGCAGCAAUCGAAGGUGCCAUAGAUGAAACCAAGUCAGACCGACAGAGUCCCAGACUUGCAACAGCAACAUUGGAAGCAGCAGCAGCAACUGUUGUUGUUGUGGCAACAGCUCCCAGCAACAGUGAGCCUGAAAAGGAGCUUACAACAACUGAAGCUGCUGAGGAGGCUCAAGAGGAGACAGAGCCAUCAGAUUGUCGCGAGUUCAAAGUGCUCUACAAUCACCUGAGGCAGCAGCAACAUCAUCAGCAACAACAGCAGCAACAGCAGCAGCAACAACAACCACAAUCCGAGCCAGACAAAACGCGCAGCACUCUCGACGAUGUCUCGAAGAUACUUUGGGAACGCAAGCAACAGCUGCAACGCAGCAGUGUCAUCACCAGCAGCAACGAGUUGCAAGUGCAACAUCAGCAGCAGCAACAGCCACAACACGAGCAACAUCAACAGCAGCAGCACCAACAACAGCAACAGCAACAAAUGAGCGAUAUUGAGGAUGAGGAGACACUCGAAGAGGAUGUGGAUGCGGAUAUUGAGGCAGAUGCGGAUGAUGAGGAGCUGUUGGAUUUGCAAUACCAAGAUGGCUAUGACUCACCCCUGGAUCUCUCGCUGAGCAGCACCGCAACAACAGCGAAUGCCACAGCGGCAACAACAACCGCCGCUAGCGUCAGCAGCAGGCGACGUGGACGCACUUACUCCGGCACCGAGUCCGAUGACGAGGCAGCGUCGCACUGCGAAAGGACGAGGAUGCGUCUGAAGCCGGCAGAGCGUUCAGCGGCCUACAAGAAGAGCUUGAUGAAGCGUUACUAUACUGAAAUUCCUAUUGUCAAACAAUCAACCAGUCCGUCACCUCAUCAGCAGCAGCAACACCAACAACACCAACAGCAACAGCACCUGCAGCAAAAUCAACAACAGUCUUUUGGAGGUGCAACAACAUUGUUGCACAUCAAGACCGAACAGAAUACGCUCUUAACACCGCUCCAACAGAAUCAGCAACAGCAGCAACAACAACAACAACAGCACAGUUUACAGAGCAACAACAAUGGGCAUCAACAGCAGCAGCAGCAACAACAACAACAACAGCAGCAGCAACCUUUGGCCAUACCACAUCGGCCAUUACUGCACAAUUUGCUCAGCGGCGGUGCAAUCCACAAUCCACAUCACAGAAAUUACACGUCGGCCACAACAGGUUCAUUUCCGCCAAGUCCGGCGGAUAGCGGUGUGUCCGACGUGGACAGCUCCAGUUCCGGCGGCCAGCCAUGCGCAGAUGAGUUGAAGGCGCGCCUGGGCAUGCCCACACCAGCAUCAUCAUCAUCAGUGUCUGCAUCGGCAUCGGCGUCGGCAGCAGCCGCUGCGGCAGCGGCCACCCACUCAGCAGCGGCCGCAGCAGCGGCGGCAGCAGCAGCGCACCUGCAUACGGGCACAUUUCUGCAUCCGAAUUUAUACCAGAACAAUGCGGCGAAUUCGUUGCGGAAUAUAUGGAAUCGCAGUGUUGGGGUGCCCGACAACUAUUAUGGCAGCAGUGGGUCCAGCGGCAACGGCGUCAAUUCUGGCACGCCAGGUGCGCCCAACUAUUUGACAACGUCCUACUUCAAUGCGCCAACGGCAGCGGCGUCGCAGCAGCGUAACACAAAUGGCAACGCCUUUGGCACACAUCAGCAUCAUUCCCUGCAACAUCAGCAGCAGCAGCAGCACGCGUCGCAGCAACAGCAGCAGCAACUGUCGCAUCACCAGCAGCAAUUGCAUCAUCAGCAACAGCAGCAGCAGCAACAACAACAACAACAGCAACAACACCCGCAGUCGCAGCUGUCGGCGCCGCAGCUGACGUCGACGCAUCCACAUCAGCUGCACAGCGCAGCACAGCACACGCAUUCCACAAUUGCCAAUGCUGCGGCAGCGGCAGCGGCGGCAUCGGUUGUCAGCAGCAGCAGCGCCGUCGCAGCAGCAGCGAUGCUUAGCGCUGGCGCCACGCAGAGCGUCAUACAGCAGCCGGCGACGUCGAGCGUUAACUAUGAUCUCUCCUAUAUGCUGGAACUGGGCGGCUUCCAGCAGCGCAAGGCGAAAAAGCCGCGCAAGCCCAAACUGGAAAUGGGCGUCAAGCGACGCAGCCGGGAAGGAUCCACAACAUAUCUGUGGGAAUUUCUACUCAAGCUGCUGCAGGAUCGCGAAUACUGUCCGCGUUUCAUCAAAUGGACGAACCGAGAGAAGGGCGUCUUCAAGCUGGUCGACUCCAAGGCGGUUUCCCGCCUCUGGGGCAUGCACAAGAACAAGCCGGACAUGAACUACGAGACAAUGGGCCGGGCACUGCGAUACUAUUACCAACGCGGCAUAUUGGCCAAGGUAGAUGGUCAACGACUUGUCUAUCAGUUUGUCGAUGUGCCCAAGGAUAUAGUUGAAAUCGAUUGCAAUGGCGUAUAAGAUAGAGAAUGUUAGCGAAAGAGAGAGUGAGAGAGAGAGCAUGUAAAUAGACGUAACCUUACGGAAUCGGUGGCAAUAGAAUGGGAGCUGAACCGGCUAGCGGCAAUAGUAGAAAUUAUAUA